UCAUUGCAUUGGCUGUCUACGAGGACACACAGAUUCCAACGCUCGCAGUUUGCACUUGUCACGGCCGCAGCACAGCCGAGUACUACAUCAGGACCGACUACAACUGCUUGGAGGGGUCACAAACAGGGGACAUUCGAUGACAUUCCGCGGGUUAGAAAAACAACUUAAUCAGUUUGAAUUAGGUCGAAUGGUUUUGGUUCGUUUCUACUGAUGCCAAGAAAAAGCCAAGAGGGAUUUGAGAGUGACAUGGAUAAUCAAGACAUACCGACGGGUUUUUCACGACACGCUUUGUGGAUGUAAGGGUUGAACAUCCGUUAAUUAGAGCAACGUCGGGCAACAGGCAUGGUUAUCUUUCUCUCAUAGCAGCAGCCAAAAUAGCUAUUAACCAGCCUGUAUGCAUUACUUCAACAAUUUUCAUAUUUGAUCCAAUUAUAUCUGAAGAUUCACUAUUAUCUCACAACAAUGGCUCACUUAAUUCGACACAAGAUCGGCAACAAGCUGACAAAUGCGGCCAACACAGUUUCCAAUAAAUCGCAGGCCAAGGUCAGCGGAAUGUUCGCCAGGCUGGGCUUUCAGGCCGCUACGGACGAAGAGGGUCUGGGGUUCGCGGAAUGUGAUGACUUGGAUUAUGACUACAGGCAGGGGAUGCAGAUGAAUAUCAUGCAGGGGGACGAGGAUGUGGGAGAGAUGGACGGAGGAGACGAGUUGAUGGUGGGAGACAGCCACUACCAGAGAGAUGGUACCGGCCCACCACCCUCCUCCCUCAAGAACAGUGGGUCGUGUAACGAGUUGGCAACAGAGGUCAAACCUAAAAUUACAUCUUGGGAAGCAGGGUGGAACGUGACAAAUGCCAUUCAGGGGAUGUUCGUCCUUGGGUUACCAUAUGCCAUUCUUCACGGAGGAUACCUGGGUCUCUUUCUCAUAAUUUUUGCCGCGGUUGUAUGUUGUUACACCGGAAAAAUUCUUAUAGCAUGUCUGUAUGAAGAGAACGAGGAUGGAAUUCUUGUGCGCGUGAGGGACUCCUACGUGGACAUCGCCAACGCUUGCUGCCAGCCACGUUUCCCGUCUCUGGGCGGACAUAUAGUUAACGUCGCUCAGAUCAUUGAAUUGGUUAUGACCUGUAUUCUUUACGUAGUGGUUAGUGGUAACCUGAUGGUCAACAGCUUCCCCAAUCUUCCGGUCUCGCAGAAGGCCUGGUCUGUAAUCGCUACCGCCGCCCUCCUGCCUUGCGCGUUUCUCAAGAGCCUCAAGGCGGUCUCCAAAUUCAGCUUGCUCUGCACUAUUGCACACUUCGUAAUCAACAUUCUGGUGAUAGCCUACUGCCUCUCCAGAGCUCGCGACUGGGCCUGGGAUAAAGUUAAAUUCUAUAUAGAUGUCAAGAAGUUUCCCAUCUCCAUCGGCAUUAUCGUCUUCAGCUACACGUCCCAGAUAUUUCUGCCCUCGCUGGAGGGGAACAUGCAGAGGCCAAGCGAGUUCCACUGCAUGAUGGACUGGACCCACAUCGGAGCCUGCGUCCUGAAGGGCCUGUUCGCUUUGGUGGCCUACUUGACUUGGGCAGAUGCCACCAAAGAGGUAAUCACGGACAACCUGCCGUCCACCAUCAGAGCAGUGGUCAACCUGUUCCUUGUGGCCAAGGCCUUGCUGUCUUAUCCGCUGCCAUUCUUUGCUGCUGUAGAGGUUUUGGAGAAGUCAUUUUUCCAGGAUGGAGGACGCGCCAUUUUCCCUGAUUGUUACGGUCCGGGAGGACAGAUUAAGUCCUGGGGUCUGAGCCUCCGGUGCCUCUUAGUGGUGUUCACCUUGAUCAUGGCCAUCUUCGUUCCGCACUUUGCACUUCUCAUGGGCCUCACCGGGAGUCUUACCGGGGCGGGGUUGUGCUUCCUUCUUCCGGCCCUAUUUCAUCUAAAGCUGAUGUGGAGGAAACUGUUAUGGCACCACGUGUUUUUCGACGUUGCCAUAUUCGUCAUAGGGGGCAUAUGUAGCAUUUCUGGGUUUAUUCACUCAAUAGAAGGGCUCAUAGAAGCAUUCAAGUAUGGAGUGGAAGAGUAAGAACGUUUUGUCUGUCAUGCUGGUUUUGUCUGUCAUCUAUCACCUGCGCUUAAUGACAGACUUAUUGACAGCUCAAAAGGGAAAUGUGUAAUUGUAUUACUUUGUUUUUUUUGCCUUCGUGAUGAUAAUGUGCAAUAAUGGACUUUACAAUCAUAGUGUACAGUAUUCAUUGCUGAAAUGUUGAGUUAAUUUGGAAUGCAAUGUGGAGAAUGGAGUAGCUAUAUCUGAAAAGUGGAGAGUUAUGCGUGGUUUAAUCAGGCAAGGUUAGCACAAAACAUAUGAAAAUUAUCUGAUUACAGACUGUCAGCGUGGAUGGAUUGAUCAGCAUUGGGAAUUGUUUUUUAUAUGAAUAAUGAAAUGUGAGGCAUUUUAGAUUACAAUCUCAUGCAAAUCAACAUAAAGAAAAACUCCCUCUAGGCACUCCCGUGGGAUGUUGCUAUAGGAUAAACCAUAUCAUAUAAAAAUCAUGUGAACACAACAAUUCAAUUCACCUGUAGGCCUAUUCCUUGUCUACACGUUAUUUUGUGUUUCAAGUGUAAUUAUGGAUGGAGUGAAUUAUUGCCGUGCAAGCAAGUGGCUAUGUGUUUAUAUGAAACAUCUGUAGUCUACCUUCCCGUUGAACGUGUUCAUUGUGCUUUUGUGGAAUUACUUAUGACGUCUAACAAGCAAGUACAGUAUGUGUUGAAAUAAUAGAUAAAUAAAUCUAAUAUUUUAUGGAUUAUGUUUAUAUGUUUGCCCAAAGAUUCAAUGUAUGUCUGGAAUUUGUGCACGCUCUUGUGGCGAAAAAAAGUCAGAUCUGUCAGUGAAUAAAAUCGGCGUUUUAAUUGAUUAAAAUAGUCAGUGGUGAAGUGGGGGCUUUCUGUAACAGUCAAAUUAAAACAGGAAUCUGUGGGUUGAUCAAUGUGGUACGGAGAAAGAUUUUAUAAAUUAUCAUAAGCUUACUUCAACAAAACAUGCGCACUGUUUGUACGCUUAGAAACAACUGAAUAAUUGUAUAGCCUCAAUACACAAUAUAAAUGGACGAAUAUUGUUUUGAAACACGCCAUUAUUCUUCACUGUAAAAAAAACACAAAUUCUUUCAGUUCCUUUGCAAGUUACACUAUAUGCCACCGUUACUUUCAGAUCAGAAUGAGGAUGUUCUUAAAUGGUGGUCCCACAAGUAUCAUGUGAAAAGACUGACACCCUUAUAACCAAGGGCCAGCAGAGGAGACUUUGGGGACCUUAAUAGAUCCCAAUGAGUCAACUGGAAAAACAACCCGGACUCUGCUCUCACUCUGAACCUCUUGAUCAAAUAAGGUGUAAAAAUGUAUGCAUAAUGAAUGCAAAAAUUUAAGAUUGGGCAAUUAUAACCCAGUAAUAGAAGCAUAUUUCAUAAAUAUCUCUAUAUAUUUACAAUACACAAUAGGAAUAGGCAGACAAUACAAUUAAAUAAUGCAACUGCAAUCAUGCUGAAAUGUGCAAUAAAGUAAAUAGUAGAAGCAA